UUCCGCUUUUCUGUGGAGGCGGCUUGUUGUUGUGCAGGCCAAGAUGGCGGCACAGGCGGCGGCUGCGGCGCAGGCGGCGGCCGCAGCUCAGGCGGCCGCAGCGCAGGCCGCACAGGCCGAGGCAGCCGAGUCGUGGUAUCUAGCUCUCCUGGGUUUCGCCGAGCACUUCCGAACAUCUAGCCCGCCCAAGAUCCGCUUGUGCGUCCAUUGCCUGCAGGCCGUGUUCCCCUUCAAGCCGCCUCAGCGGAUCGAGGCCCGUACGCACCUGCAGCUCGGCUCCGUGCUUUACCACCACACGAAGAACAGCGAGCAGGCGCGCAGCCACUUGGAGAAGGCGUGGUUGAUAUCACAGCAAAUCCCACAGUUUGAAGAUGUUAAAUUUGAGGCGGCGAGCCUGUUGUCAGAGCUGUAUUGUCAAGAGAACUCUGUGGAUGCAGCGAAGCCACUGCUGCGGAAAGCCAUCCAGAUCUCACAGCAGACGCCAUACUGGCACUGCCGCCUGCUCUUCCAGCUUGCUCAACUACACACACUGGAGAAGGACCUGGUAUCCGCCUGUGACCUCCUGGGCGUGGGGGCUGAGUAUGCCCGAGUGGUGGGAUCUGAAUAUACAAGGGCGUUAUUCCUGCUCAGCAAAGGGAUGCUGCUGCUGAUGGAACGCAAACUGCAAGAGGUGCACCCACUGCUCACAUUGUGUGGGCAGAUUGUGGAGAAUUGGCAGGGCAACCCCAUCCAGAAGGAGUCACUACGUGUGUUCUUCCUGGUGCUACAGGUGACCCACUACCUGGAUGCUGGGCAGGUGAAGAGUGUCAAGCCGUGCCUGAAGCAGCUGCAGCAGUGCAUCCAGACCAUCUCCACGCUCCAUGAUGAUGAGAUCCUGCCCAGCAACCCAGCUGACCUCUUCCACUGGCUGCCCAAGGAGCACAUGUGCGUGCUCGUCUACCUGGUCACAGUGAUGCAUUCGAUGCAGGCUGGUUACCUGGAGAAGGCACAGAAGUACACAGACAAGGCACUCAUGCAGUUGGAGAAGCUUAAGAUGCUGGACUGCAGCCCCAUCCUGUCAUCCUUCCAAGUGAUCCUGCUGGAGCACAUCAUCAUGUGCCGGCUUGUCACAGGCCACAAGGCCACUGCACUACAGGAGAUCUCCCAGGUCUGCCAGCUGUGCCAGCAGUCCCCUAGGCUCUUCUCCAACCAUGCUGCCCAGUUGCACACACUGCUGGGCCUGUAUUGUGUCUCCGUGAACUGCAUGGACAAUGCUGAAGCCCAGUUUACCACAGCCCUUCGGCUCACCAACCACCAGGAGUUGUGGGCCUUCAUCGUGACCAACCUUGCGAGUGUGUAUAUACGGGAAGGAAAUAGACACCAAGAGGUACUGUACAGUUUGCUUGAGAGGAUAAACCCAGACCACAGCUUCCCAGUCAGUUCACACUGCCUCCGAGCAGCAGCCUUCUACGUGCGAGGGCUCUUCUCCUUCUUCCAGGGCCGCUACAAUGAAGCCAAGCGAUUUCUUCGAGAAACUCUAAAGAUGUCGAAUGCAGAAGACCUGAACCGCCUCACAGCCUGCUCCCUGGUGCUGCUGGGUCACAUCUUCUAUGUGCUAGGAAAUCACAGGGAGAGUAACAACAUGGUGGUGCCUGCCAUGCAGCUAGCCAGCAAGAUCCCAGACAUGUCUGUGCAGCUGUGGUCAUCUGCCCUCCUGAGAGACCUAAACAAGGCAUGUGGGAACGCCAUGGAUGCCCAUGAGGCCGCACAGAUGCACCAGAACUUCUCACAGCAGCUGCUGCAGGACCACAUCGAGGCCUGCAGCCUCCCCGAGCACAACCUCAUCACGUGGACAGAUGGCCCACCCCCUGUACAGUUCCAAGCUCAGAAUGGACCCAACACCAGCCUGGCCAGCCUUCUGUGAGGCCUGUAUCCCCAACUUGGACCCAGCACUGGAGCUCUCUGGGAACAAAAUCACCAGGAUGCCCACCAGUCCCUCACCAUUGUCUAGAGCUAAGUCCCAAGAGUGCUGGAGCCAUCAUCUGCCUCUGACGGUGACAGCCAAUUGCACCUAUUCCAGGACUCAGUGCCAUCUGUUGAAGGGACUGAUGGCCUAAUCUGUGUCUGGGUGUCACCUGAGAAGAACAGGGUGACAAUGUGUGUGGGGGCAUCAUCUGAGUGCUCAACCAAACCUAAGUGCAGCCGCACAAAGUGGUCUCCAGCCCAGGGCAAGCUAAGGGGAGAGCAAUGGUUCUCACUUUGCUCAGCCUGCUGUUCUUCCAGUGUCCCUGAACUCAGGGACUUCUGAGGACCUGGAAGUCAGCCUCUUAACCUGAGUGGUCCUCCAAGGUGACCCAGUACAAGGGAGGAGCUUGGAAAGAGGUGUGCAUGUGCAGUUGAUGAGGCUGCGACUUGUGCAUCCUUCAGAAGCCCCUGCUCAUGCUCGGCAUCCAUCACCUUUUGGCCCUGCCUAAGCACUAGGCAGAAGUCCCAUUGGACCUGAACGAGGGAGUUUCCUUCCUGGCAGCUAUUUGGCUUUCCCAUGGAGGACAGUUAUGGGACCAACUCAGCUCCUCUUGGCUUGAGAGCUGCCCUGAGGGUGACAGUGAUGGGGGUAGGAGCAUAGUGGUUCCUGCCAGCUUGUAGCAUCUGGGCAGGUGCUCUCUCUGGUGGCAAAGGCGGUGCUCGGAAGCCGUCACCAGGCCAUAUGAAGGCCCUUCUCAGAGCUCUGGAGUCUGUGACCGAAGGGAUGAAGCUCCAAGGCCUUCAUGAACAUCUUCACUGAACCAUGUGCCCAUGGCCAGGUGCCAACCCUUCUGUCUUCCUCUAGCCCUUUGGGUCCCAGGGACCUACCUUCAAUACCUACAUCACAGCCCUGCCUAUUUAUUUAAGCUUCUUCUUCUUUUUUUUUUUUUUUUCUUAUAGGGCAUUUUGUACAUAGAGCGAUUCAAACAAGGACCUCUCAAUUUGCCAUCUGUCCUGA